AUGGAAUCGUACGAAGGUGGCGGGGCAGCAGCCUACAUCGCAGCCUUGAAAAGUCUUAUUCAGACGCAUCCGAGCAUUGUGGCCGUUGGCGAAUGUGGUCUUGACUAUGAUCGACUGCAAUUUUCUCCUGCUGACGCACAGCAGCGGUGCUUUGAGCUUCAACUUCAGCUCGCACGGGAAGUGCAGCUCCCUCUGUUUCUGCAUUCACGCGCUGCUCAUGCGGACUUUAUCCGCAUUCUACGACCACAUCUAACAGCACUCCGGCAAUGCACAGACGACCACAAUCCCUCUGCACAGAGCCGUGGGAGUGUGGGUGUCGUCCACAGUUUUACUGGCUCCCUUGAAGAAAUGCAAGAGCUCGUGGCUCUGGGGCUCUAUAUUGGAGUGAAUGGGUGCUCCCUCAAGACGCAGGAAAACUUGGACGUCGUCAAGCAGAUCCCUGUGCAUCGCAUUAUGCUUGAGACGGAUGCACCAUGGUGCGAUAUUCGCCCUACACAUGCUUCGCAUGCAUAUCUCGAGGCAUUUGGCAAUAGCCAUCCCGAGCUGUAUGCGACGUAUUCACCCGCCCGUGUCAAGCCUGAAAAGUGGAAUGAAGCAUCAGCCGUCAAGGGUCGCUGUGAGCCAUGCCACAUUGGUCAGGUGGCAGCUGUGGUUGCACAGCUCAAGGGCAUGCCACUAACAUGA